AUGGCAAAAUUAUGGACGGAAUUCGAUGUUAGCUUCCGUUCUUGGCUGAAAACCAAGACUAAUUUAGGUAAUUUGAAAAAUUAUUUUUCGUUUUUUAUUUCAAUGUUGUUAUAGUUGAUUUCUGUUUAAUUUAGAUUCAUUGGCUUGUCUUAUAAAGUAUUUGGGACUUUCACACGUCAAUGUCACGGAGAAUCCACGUAUUUUUGAUCUGGUGGACAAAAGGUAGCUUGAUUAAUUGUUUGUUAACUUUGUUUUACUAAUUUUCAGUAAAGUUUUUGGAUUCAUUUGCGUGGCCAAGGAUGAUAUUGAGUUGAACAAGGGGAAAGAAGAGUCCAACUGUUUCUUACCAAUUGUAAGUUGCCUUAUUAACUAUUUCAUUUUUUUAGAACGUUGAGAAUGCUGACUUGACUAUUGGUUUGCUGAAUCUUUUGAUUGGAAGGUUUGGAAUAUCUGGUUUGGGGCCAGUUUUGGAGGAAUACUCGAGCGACUUUGACAUUCACAGCUACAUCAAUGUGAGUUUGCUCUGGCAGUUUAGAAAAAUAAUUAUUUUUUUAGUAUUUUAGGCCACAGAUCAUUACCCCUGUUGCUUUUGCUCACAACUUCACUGCAAGGUAAAUAAUUAAACAUUCAAUGGCAUUUACUAGUUAAGGGUGUAUCAUUUAUAUAAAGGUUUUAAGAUUUACGUAUUAGUUUAUAAGCUAACCUUUUAUUUUUUUAGACGACAGCGAUUAGAAGAAGAUGAAACUGUCUAUUUUAUCUCUGUAAAUAGCAAUACUUGCAAGUUGGUUAACCGAGAUGGAUCUCAAACGAAGCUGAUGAAGAACAUGACCAAAAUAUACAAUGAUUUGCAAAAGGAAUCUACUGUGUUUGUAUUGUUUGAAGAUGUCUUAAAGGACAAAUCUGAGGCUGUAGAUAAGGAGAAGAAGCUGAUGGAAGAACUGACAGAAUCUCCAGCUAACCAAUCAUUUUACGAUCCGAAUCUGUCUGUUGAGGACUUGAGUGAGAUGGAGAAUUUGGCCAGAGAAUUGGAAAUGGCAGAACAGUUUGAACUCACCUUUUCUGAUGGUCAAAAGGUACCUUUUUAAGUAUUAUUAUUGGUGAUAUAAUAUGAAUAUUAUAGCUUUUUAAGCUUGCGGUAAAUGAGAAAGUUGUGAUAAUUUAGGUAGUUGCUGAGUAUAUACAAACGUUAAUAUUGAGUUUUUAGGACACAAGCCAUGUUGAGACAGAGAGCGGCAAAAAGAUAAAGGAAUGUGAAGAGCGUAUUUUAAUGUUGCAGAAGGCGAUAGCUGAGAUAAAGAGCAUGUAAGUUAUUUAUGGCUUGAAGCAAGCUUGUUUUAGGGUACCUAUAACAUACACAGAAGUUUAUGGCACCAAGGAGCUUUAUACAAACAAGGAUUACCUGCAGUUUUUACAGUUUUACAAAAAGACGGUGGUUGUUGUAAGUAAAUGUUUUUUAUAUUAUGCUGUUUUAGUACUAUAUUGGCUAUUUGAAUUAGAAUAUUGAGUUGGUUGACCUUAUUCUUAUUUUGUGUCUGUACAAUAUUUUUUUAUUUAUGCCAUUAUGCAUCAUUUUUAUGACAAUAUUAAUUCUAGAAGACCCCACAAGCCCUAAGACAUUCAAAAGUUGGCAAAAGUCCAAUGAGUUUGAUUAGGAAGAGACAACGACAUCAAUCUGGGUCAUCAUCCAUAUUCUCGGACGUGUCGAAUCUCUCGACGUCUACAUCAAGAUCCGCUAAAGCGUCUGUUCUACCCGAAACUCCAGUCAGCUCACGAAGGACGAAAAAGCGUUUGGAAGAAAGAGAAGUAACUCCGAAGAGAAAACGCGCCAGAACAGAUGACGGAGAAGAGAAGUCGGCUCCAGAAGGCGUCAGAAGAUCAAGUAGAGUGAAGAAAACAUGA